AUGUCAUUUGUAUCUGGAGGGAGUAAUAAUUCUUUUUUUAUUUAUUAUUAUUAUAGUAUAUUCAGUGCAUUUGCAAUCAUUAGUAAUAGACAUACAGCACCUUGGAUUGCUUAUGUCAAAAUGGCGAUUGUCAUAUUAGAAUUUAUUGAAGGAACUGUCCAUGCAUUUUUUAUUCUUAUUGCUUUACGUAAACGUUUAAAUCGAAUGAAUAAGAACAAAUAUCCUACGCGUGAAAUAAUUACAUUAUUAAUAAUGAUUGAUUUAAGCCUAUGGUUUGAAGCAACAACAACAACGACAAAACAUGAGGCAAAUCCAUUUCAACUGGAUUUUUAUCACGUCAUACCAUGGUCAAUUAUUGCUGCGAUUGCCACACCAUUGCAAAUAUUUUUUCGUUUUCAUUCAUCUGUAUGUUUAUCUCACGUAUGGGAAAAUAUGUACAAGACAAGCGAUGAAUCGAUCGAUCAUCAUUGA